UAAAACACUCUCCCCUUUUCACUGAACUUGUUCUCUCAACUCUGCAAACAACUUUCUUCUCAACCCUAACUCUGUGAUUUAACAUCACAUCCCAUAAUGUCUGACCUGGAGAAUUCUUUGGCCACCAUAGUGGCAGUGUUUGUGAAGUAUGCCCAGAAAGAGGGUGACAAGCAUAAACUCAAGAAAAGCGAGCUAAAAGACUUGAUUAACAAUGAAUUAUCAAACUUUUUAGAGCAAAUUAAAGACCAGGCAACCAUGGACAAUCUCAUGGAGAGCUUGGACUCCGAUGGAGACUCUGAAUGCGACUUCCAGGAGUUCAUGACCUUCAUCACCAUGGUUACCAUCUGCUGCCAUGAGUUCUUUGUACAGCAAGAAGAUGAGUAGUCUCCCAUUUUUUGGACAAAACAGUUGUUCUUAGCCUAACAAGACUUAAAAAAAUGCAAAAGACAUUUUUUAAACACCAUUUCUCAUGCUUUACAGUAGGGCUGGCUUUUUCACUGGCAUGUAUAUCAAAUUACAUUUUCAUUGUUGCUUUUGCACUUUUUUAAAUAACAACACACAUAGUAUAUGUAUAAGGCACAGACCUCCUUCUGAAGACCGCAGAUUUUAUCAUACAACCCUGAUGUAUGUCAGAUCACCUGUGUCAUUUAGCAAAAUAUAAUUUCUGGUCAAAGAUUGUCCUAAACUUGACAUAUGCAGGAAUGGUGCAGACACCCUAUGUGAGGCAUUAAAUGUUGACACUAAAUCAGAAAUAAAAUAUGUUUAAGUGUCAACAGCAGAUGCCGGUUCACAAUUGACCAAACAAUCUGAAAUCUUUCCUAUGAAUUUCCUCCAAAGCAAAAGAGUAAAGCCUUAAACAUUCCUUAUAUACAGCUAUAGCGGGAUGACAAUGUAUCGAUCAAAUAUGCAAAUGUUGCAACCUUUCUAAUCACUGUGUAAGUAUAAAAUCCUGACAAAAAAUUUAGAGCAAGUAAAAGGCUUUCUGUUGCAUUGUGCUGUUUGCAAAGUUUCCUGAUAGCAAGAUAGAGGAGUAAACCUCAUAUGGCAAAGUCUAACACUUUGAAACUGUGUUUUAGGGGUUUGUUGAAGGGAAAUAAAAUGACUGUUUCAAUUA